UGCUGGGAAACGCAAUAGUCGACAAUCCGCCAUCUUUCUUUACAGAGAGUUAGUAGGGCAAAUAACAACCCGUUUAAAUGAUUAUUUCUCCAGAAUUUAAUCAUUGAAGCAAUUUUACUUGGUACCUCGCUGUAAGCAAUACGUUUGAAAAGGAGCUCGUGCAACAGGAUUCGCAGUAUUGCCUACAUAUCAGACACAAGGCACCGUAGUUUGGUGUAACGCUAAGCGGAGCUGGUCAAGAUGGGCCGAUCUCGGAGCCGCAGCUCGUCCCGCUCCAAACACUCCAAAAGCAGCAAGCACAGCAAGAAACGGAGCCGGUCCAAAGACAGGGAGAGGUCCAAGAAGCGGUCCAAGUCCCGGGAAGCGAAAAGGAACCGUCGCAGAGAAUCUCGUUCUCGUUCCCGGUCCACCACAGCCCCAGCCCGCAGAGAAAGACCAGCCACGCCGCCGGAGCGCAUCGAUAUCUUCGGUAGGACGCUGAGCAAGAGAAACGCUCUGGACGAGAAGCAGAGGAAAGAGGAGGAGGAGAGAAGGGCAGAAAUGGAGAGGCAGAGGAAGAUCUCCUCUCAUCUGUUUCCCUCUCCGUCCUCCAGCCGGCAGCAGGAGAUCGAGGAGAAGCUGAUCGAGGAGGAGACGGCGCGGCGGGUGGAGGAGCUGGUAGCCAAGAGGGUGGAGGAGGAGCUGGAGAAGCGAAAGGACGAGAUUGAGCGGGAGGUGCUGCGGCGCGUGGAGGAGGCAAAGCGCAUCAUGGAGCGUCAGCUGCUGGAGGAGCUGGAGAGACAGCGGCAGGCAGAGCUCACGGCCCAGAAGGCCAGAGAGGAGGAAGAAAAAUCUAAGCGGGAGGAGCUGGAAAAAAUCCUGGAGGAGAAUAACCGCAAGAUCGCCGACGCUCAGGCCAAACUGGCUGAGGAGCAGUUGCGUAUUGUAGAGGAGCAGAGAAAGAUUCACGAGGAGCGCAUGAAGCUGGAGCAGGACCGUCAAAAGCAGCAGAAGGAGGAGCAGAAAAUCAUCCUGGGCAAGGGCAAGUCCAGGCCCAAGCUGUCCUUCUCCCUCAAGGCCACGGAAUGAGACUGCUCCCCCCCCCCCCAACCUCCAUGAGCCCCAUUGUCAUCGAUCGCCCCCCGCUCCUCCUCCUCCUCCUCUGCGGAACGCUCGCUUCGUUUUGGAAGCGCCGAAAGAAGGAAGGCCGAGGAACGGGCCGCAUCCCUGUGCUUGUCGCUGUGAAAGACCCCACUACCUUGAAGAGGAGGCAGCUCUUCAUCCAAGAAGGACCCGACUGCUUCCUCCACCCUUCCUCUCCCCCACCGCACAGAUGAAUCCUGUUUGUGCUUUUUUUUUUGUACUUUUAGGGACCUUUUGAUGUAGAAUGCUUUAACAUGCCCCCGUUAAGUCUUAACAGCGAGCACCUGUGCGCUCCUCUUUACAUGUGUUCACAGCCAGCAACCUACUAUAGAACUCCAGUCCCCGGUAUAGAAGAGUAUGUGUGACUUUGUGUACUUCAGUCUACUGUAAACAGCUCGUGUGCAGCUUGGGAGUUGGCCUGCUGUUCUCCGUUUCAUCUGAAGCAGGCAGUGGUAACCGAUCACAGUGAACUUCCCGUCCAGCUGACAGCGGUGUGUCUUCCACGUUCCUUCCUUCACCAUAAACCUCUUUUCUUUCUGCUCCAGCUCUGUCUGCCAUGUAUAUCAUUUUUUUUUCUAAAAUGACAGCAGCAUGUCGACCUGAGAUGAAAUGUGUUAGGUUUGAAGUCGCUGCAGUGCAGGUUAACGCAGCCCGACUCCCAAGCUGCCCAUGACCGAUCCUUACAACAGGAUGUGUGUGUCGUCCACGAUAAAAGGGGGCCUGUGGGUAAAGGCAGGGGAGAGUGCAUUUCCUGUAUGAUGUAACUUUAUUAGCCUUGCUGUGAUGUGCUGACUCCCACUCCUCCUCCUCCCCCCCCAAAUUCAGAUUGUGUUAGGAAGUUGAUCACAAAAGUCACAGUAAUACUUGAGUUUUGCAUUUUGAGAACAGCCGAGCAUACAGUCCCUUCAUUAAUGACAGUUUUGUAGAUUACAUUAAAAUUGGCAAUGCGCCUCGCUUGGUAAGUCUUGAUUCGUUUAGGAUGGACAAGUUCAGGUAAGAUCAGGUUUAAGGUCAGCAGCAGUGUGAGUGUGACAGCGAAUGUGUGUGUGUGUUUGUUUGUUUGUGUGUGUGACUGGCAGGCAGGCUGACCUAAGGUGGGUAUAUAAAGACUUUUUGUUAUUUUGUGGGACUUGGAAUUUGUCAUGUAAUUUCCCCCAAAUGUCAAGGGACUGAACAGUUCAAUAAAUCCAUUGAAUGCC